CCUCGUAAACCAGAGCAACGAGGCGGUCUCAGUCAAUUCAUUCAGUCGGCUAAAAUCAUGGCGUCCGCCAGUACAGGGAGCAGAGUAUCCUGCGGGAGAGACUUGAAUUGUGUGCCGGAGAUAGCAGACACGUUAGCCGCGGUCGCCAAACUUGGGUUUGACUUCCUGUGCAUGCCCCUGUUCCACUCGAGGUUCAGGAGAGAGUUUGAGUUGGAGCCCGCUAAAUCCCGACCCGGUGCCCAGACCCGGUCCGACCUGCUGCUGUGUGGAAGAGAUUGGAAUACUCUUAUUGUUGGGAAGCUCUCAUCAUGGAUCGACGCAGAUUCAGAAAUCGAGACGGAGCGCAGAAACUCAGAGGCCGCUCUGGCACAGGAGCUAAACUUCUCCGCCUACCUGGGUCUGCCUGUCUUCAUGAUCCCUAUAAAGGGCCCGCAUAAUGCCAAUCUAGCCCGCCUGCUGCUAAAUCACAUCCACACUGGACACCACACCUCAAAUUUCUGGAUACGUGUCCCGCUGAUGGCUCCAGAGGACAUGCGGGAAGACCUGAUUGAGAAUGAACCGAGCACUUGCAUCGACGACACAAGUGUUGAUGAGAAGACCUGGAGCUGGUGGCACUCAUUAAGAACCCUUUGUGAUUACAACAAGAGGAUCUGUCUCGCUAUUGAAGUUGGAGCAGACAUGCCGUCAGAAGCUGUGAUCGAUAAGUGGCUCGGGGAACCUAUCAAAGCAGCCAUACUUCCCACCAGCAUCUUCCUAACAAAUAAAAAGGGCUUCCCUGUUUUGUCAAAAGCCCAUCAGCGUAUAAUCUUCUCUCUUUUCAAGUUGGAGGCCCAGUUCAUCUUCACGGGAACCAGUCGCCACACUGAGAAGGACUUCCGAUCCUACCUGCAGUACCUGGAAUACCUCAACCAGAACCGGCCCGCACCCAAUGCCUACGAGCUCUUUGCCAAGGGCUAUGAAGACUACCUGCAGUCUCCCCUCCAGCCACUCAUGGACAACCUGGAGUCUCAGACUUAUGAAGUGUUUGAGAAGGAUCCUAUUAAAUAUUCCCAGUACCAACAGGCUGUAUAUAAAUGUCUACUUGACAGAGUUCCAGAGGAGCAGAAGGACACAAACGUUCAGGUGUUGAUGGUGUUGGGAGCAGGUAGGGGUCCACUGGUCAACGCGUCCCUGCGUGCUGCCAGACAGGCCGACAGGAAGCUGAGGGUGUACGCUGUGGAGAAAAACCCCAAUGCUGUAAUCACGCUGGAGAACUGGCGCUUUGAGGAGUGGGGUGAUCAGGUGACAGUGGUGUCAUGUGACAUGCGGGAGUGGGCAGCGCCAGAGAAAGCCGACAUCAUUGUCAGCGAGCUGCUUGGAUCGUUUGGUGACAACGAACUUUCCCCCGAGUGCUUAGAUGGAGCCCAGCACUUUCUCAAAGAUGAUGGAGUGAGCAUCCCCUGUUCCUACACGUCCUUCCUGGCUCCCCUGUCCUCCUCCAAGCUUUACAACGAAGUACGGGGCUGCCGGGAACGUGACAAGGACCCAGAGUGCCAUUUUGAGACGCCCUACGUGGUGCGCCUCCAUAACUUCCACCAGUUGGCUGACCCCAAACCGUGCUUCACCUUCACACACCCCACAACAGAUAUGAACAAUAACCGCUAUCAGUGCCUCAGAUUCUCCGUUGGUUGUAACUCUGUGCUCCAUGGUUUUGCUGGCUACUUUGAGACCACGCUGUACAAAGAUGUCACACUUAGUAUAAAACCAGAUACACAUUCACCUGGAAUGUUCUCCUGGUUCCCCAUCCUCUUCCCCCUCAAACAACCCAUCUCCAUAUCCCGGGAUGAUGAUGUCACAGUGCGAUUCUGGCGCUGCAACAACGGGAAGAAGGUGUGGUACGAAUGGGCCGUGACCGAGCCCUCCUCCUCUGCCAUCCACAAUCCAGCAGGACGCUCCUACACCAUCGGCCUGUGAAGAUGACACAUCAGCACACCUGUCAACAGGCGCACGCACACACACGCACACACGCACACACGCACACACGCACACACACACACACACACACACACACACACACACGUUUCCGUAAGACUUGGUGGCAGAUAAGGUGGAGGUGGCCUGGUUCUUUUUAUAUACACAUUAAAACCUGGACUGAAAAACCCCAUAAAAUGUUGUCCGGGUUUUAAAAUGACCAGUGGUUGGCACUUUUGAGGCAGCAAUGAAAAAGUUGAUUGGAUGAACCAAAUUUCUGUCUGUUUUUUGUGAAGUCUGUUUCACAAGCAUGGACUAUCACCUGUACACAAAGUGUAUUGUUCCUGUGGGAUUGGCUCAUUCAAAUAAGGUCAAACACCUCCACUGGUUUAUUUUUUAAGGCCUUUUUUCCCCACUACUGUUCUGAACACGUGUUGCAAACAUACACACUAAAUCCAUCCAGACCGUUUGCCUUAUCAAACACACAUUCCAUAGUGAUUCUUACGUACUGAUGAAAUACCCUUCUCCUCAACGCAACAGGGUUAGAGGAUGGUUACGCUGUUCAGGUCACAUACCAUGUUGUCUGGGGGCUGUCUCUUCAUACCUUUUUGUUGUUUUGUUCCUGUAUGUUUGAACCAUGUCAAUAAAGACACUGUAAUAUC